CUCAAGAGUUAAAUGUUCAUCUCUUUUCAUAAAAUAUAAAGCUUGAUAUUAUUCCUAUAAUGUAUAUUUGUAUAUGUAGAGUGUAGACCACAACAUAUGAACGCCUAAUUUGGAUACAUCUCAUACAUUAUGUUGGAUGAAAACUUGAAAGCAAUGUCAUUUUCAACCUAUGAAAAUUGCUAAAAGACUAGUCAAUUCAUACAAACACAACAAUUCAUUAACCCAUACCAUUGUGAUAAAUUUUUGCUAGGUGAACACUUCUAUACUAACCGUAAGAUAAUUGUCUUAGUUGCAUGUAUUUAUGUUAAAGGUCAAAUAUAACCAAGUGUUGAUUAAUAGACCGUUAUUUACACAUGUUUUUACCCCCAUUCUUACACCGUUUGAGGUGUUGAUUCUCGUGUUUUAGGCCGAUUUCACGAUAGGUUGUGCUUGUUUGUGAUAUUUCAGGUCCUAGGACGUGAAUGAAGGCUUAGGAGCGAGUCUGGGGUCGAUUGGACGAGGAUCGGACGCAUGGCGAGGUUCUGAGGAAGUCGCACGGGCACACCCACAACCCGCACGGCCGUGCAAGUGACCAGUUUGGCCGUGCGGGAUUGUGCGUGGGCACGCACGGGAUUGUGCGUGGGCACGCACGGGAUUGUGCAUGGCCACGCACGGCCGUGCAAGUGACCAUUUUGGCCGUGCGGGAUUGUGCGUGGGCACGCACGGGCACAAGUGAAAUCCGCACGGCCGUGCAACAUACAAUUCUGGCCGUGCGAGUUGGCUGAGGUUCAACUAAUUGAUACGCCGCGUUUUGAGGUGCACGGCCAGAAUGGUGAUGUGCACGGCCGUGCACCCUGGCCGUGCGAGUCGGGAAUGGCUGUUUUUAACCCAAAUUCGAGCCAAAGGAGAGGGAGAGCUGGGUUUUGGAUCCCAAACACCCAAGGGACGAACCCUAGAGAGAGAGGGCGAUUUGAGGGCAUUCUUGGAGUAGAGAAGGAGGAUUUCUUCGCCUUGGAAGCUCGAGGAACAAGCCCGGACUUGAAGACUGAUCAUCUGAAGAUUCUUACUGCAGUCUCUCUCUUCUCUAUGGAGUAACUUCCCUUCACUUAGGUUUUGAGGAACCCUAGCUAUGUUUGUUUGAUUGGAUGAUUGUAUGAGUACUCUGACUUGAUAAUCUUGAGUUCAUAUUCAAUCUAUGCAUGUUUUCAUGAUUCAAUUCUGCUUUAGUCGAGGUUAUUGAUUCUGCUUUGAUUCUAUGAGAGGGAAUACCUGAUUAGGUCAAUAGAGCACCAUAGAUUGAUAGUAGUGGAUCGAUUGCUUUAGUCGAGGGUUGAUUCACUGCUUUGUAUCGAUUGAGAACCUCUUUCGAUAGAGGGAGUCUAGUUCAGAACGCCUUGAUCAGUUAUUCUAGAGAAGGAUACGUCCCUCUAGGCAAUUGACUCAAGAGGGCCUUGUUCCUUUAGUCGAGACUCAAGGUCUAGUCAAGGAUUCUCCGCAUUGUGAAUGUAAGUGAAACAGGUUAGAGAUCAUCAAUCAUUAAUCUGGCUAGUGGCUAGGGGGAAUCAUACCUAAGUGAGUUCCCAACCUGUAAUUAGAUUAACUUUAACUGUAGUUUGCUAGAGUAGUUUUAGUUCUUUCAUCUUAAUCUGAUUUGCUAAAUAAUAAACUGAAGCUGAGUAAUAGUAACUCUAGAGACCCGUGGAUUCGAUAUUUAUCACUUGAGCCACUAUACUGCAGUCCCUUUCAUUGGUUACACUUGGCCUUUGUUAGGAGUUGUGUUUUAGCGAGUCAAGUUUUUGGCGCCGUUGCCGGGGACUUUCUAGAGUAUUAGGAAAGGCAGAAGUUUGUUACUUUAGCGUUUUUCGUUUCUUUUCUUUUCCACCCUUGCUUUUCACUUGGGUGUUUUUGUUUUUGUUGGUGCAGAUCUGAAUCAUGGAUCCUAAUGGCUUCUCCAAUCAUUGGGGGUAUCCACCACCAUCUGGGUGGUAUUACCCCGAGACUCCGUGGAGCAAUCAAGGCGGAGCAGACUAUGGAUUCGGGUUCCAGUACCAACCCCCUUACUACGGAGAACAACCGGACCCCUGGGCAUAUCAAGAACAACCUCAUUAUCAAGAAGAAUUUCUCCCACAACCAGAAGGGCCAUCGGCACUGGAGUUACUCAUGGAGCAGUAUGCUCGAGACUGCGAGAGAACAUGCUCCAGGAUGGAUCAGUGUGUCCAGGCCUAUCGUGAAACAGAUGAGAUCCUCCUGAGCCUUAAGAAGAGCGUCGAUGAUCUUGAGCGAUCUUGGGCGCAACCUGCUCCAGAUCACCCUUCUGCUACCAUAAAAGAAGAGGAGGAGGAAGAAGAAGGCUACAAGGCCAUUGUGGAACACACUGAAGUUGUCACGGAGAGCUCCCGUGAUGAUCAUGAUCAGGCGUGUCAUGUCGUAGCCGACCACACCUUCCCACACCCCAAACUGAGCUUUGAAGAGGCGGGCAUGAGUGAGGAGGUGCAAGAAGAUCUCAUGAAAGAAAUUGCUUGGCAACUUGCUCUCCAAUCCGUGCUAGAAGAAGAAGAGCAAGAAAGGGUGCAGAAAGAAGUUGUGGAGGAUGACGAAAGUGAAGCAGGAGGAGUUCUUGAUCAUUUCCCAGGGGUGAUACCACAUGAAGAAGGAAGGGAGGUUGAAGAGGCGAUUGGCGUCCAGGCUGAGGAUGAAGUUGAGGUGGAAGAGGCUUGCACCGGCCAUGAGUUACAUGUGAUAUCUCCACCAAACUUCGAGGAACUGCUUAGCAAGGACCCAUUUGCAGUGUCUCUUUGCCAGACCAAGGCCACCUCGACAUCGGUCCCUCUUGGUGGACGCGAUGGUGGCCAAUCGAUGCUGUCAUAUCUGGUUUGGGGCAAUGAGACGAGAGAAGAGAAGGAGAGGUCUCGAGGGUGGAGACUUCAUCUGCAUCAAGUACAUGAGCCUUCAUCACCUGCCACAUCACAUGCUCAUGACUUGAGACUCCACCUCAUCGACGAGAACCUCAACUUCAAGGAGGUUCUCUCAUGGACCGAAACUUAGGAGCCAUCGUCCGGCUCACGACGUGAAAGAAGCGCUUGUUGGGAGGCAACCCAACCAGUCGGUUUGCAUCUCUUUCUCUAUUUCUCUUCGGUUGAGUCAGUUUUGUUCUUUGAUUUUAGAGUCAAUAACUCAACCUUUGUGAG